UCAGUGUGUGCGUCUGACCUUUGACAGCUGUUUGUUAUUGCUUUACCGGCUGCCGGAAAGCAUCCAAAACGAAGCAACACCAUGUCGAUCGACGCGGAUAUGCAACGAUUGAUGGACAAAGUUUUCCCCAUUUUCCAGAACAGUCUAAAAGCCGAACCGGUUACCGAGGACGAGCUGCUCCACCUGCACCAACGGCUGGUGGUGCAAAAGCUGGUACCGUAUGUGUACGAAUCGUUUUUUGUUAAAACCGAGAAAAUUAUCCAGCACGUGGUUGUACCACAGUUUUGGGCCCGCUUUACACAACCACCAGCACCAUCACCGAAAGAGCUGCCGCGAGCCAGCUUCGUACAGUUCCACACGGCGGUCCAGGAGCUGUACGAACAGUUUGCCUUCUUCCGGCGCCAGUUGAAGCGGUUGGAGCGCGUUUGCCCGACGCAGGACGUGCCGUACGUGAAGCGCAAGCUACCGAGCGAGGUGUUUGUGUUCUGUAACCAUUUGCACACCACGCUGCACGCGCAGCUUCCGGCCGACUUUAACGACAUCGUGUACCGGUUCUAUGCCAUCGCGUUCCGUGUCUUCAUUUACAGCCACCUGCAGGAUGGCGAUGAGUAUAUGGAGGUGGGCGAAACGAACCGUUGUAUGGCGUGCAGCAUGAGCAGUGGCGAAUGUCAGUGUCAGGCGAUUGCGGACGCGUUCACCAGCACGAACCGAUAUCUGUCGAUGAUGGGCAUUCUGGAUGAAAUCUCGGGCCAUACGCUGAACCAGCUAAUCCAGGAGCGUAUCGAUGCGAAGGUCGACGAAACGAAGGAAAACUACGCCACCUCGCACAUGGAGCAGCUGGAACAUUGGCUUAACACGGUGGUAAUGCAAUGGUUGACCCGCAUCUACAACAAAGGCUCGCUGCAGAUCAAACCGGAGCACAAGUGCUUGCAGCGUAAUAUUGCGAAGAUGCAGAGCCGGCUGCUGGUUUAUACGUACGACAAGUACGCGAACAUGAUCGUCGAUCAGUUCUUUCAGAUUAUCAUCAAUUUCCCGCUGUCCCAGUCGGCGGUGGACGAUCUUAAGCUGUGCCUGAACAAGAUCAAUCUGAAGCGUUGCUUCGUAACGACCAUCCGGGAUAUGUUGUGCGAACGGUUGCUGCACCCGGGCGUAGACACACCGGACAUACUGACGGGCUAUGUGGCGGCACUGAAAACGUUGGCCCAUUUCGACCCGAGCACGGUACUGCUGCGCUCGAUCACCAAACCCAUCAAAGAGUAUCUGAGGGGAAGGGGGGAAACGGUACGGUGUGUCGUCACCAGCUUUACCGGCGACGGAACGUCCGAUCUGGCUGAGGAGCUGGCGAAGGGUGAGAUGGUGAAGCCGAAGCCACCGAGCAAUGACAAGCUGGAUGAUCCGGACUGGAGAAGCUGGCAGCCGGACCCGGUUAAUAUGGCACCGGCAGCGUUGAAAUUCAUCUCCGCCAACAAGCGAGCGGACAUCAUCUCGAUGGUGGUCGACAUCUACGGUAGCAAGGAAAUAUUCGUCAACGAGUACCGGAACCUGCUGGCGGAACGGUUGCUGUCUCAGGUGGAGCUGAGCAUCGAGAAGGAGGUGAAGCAUCUGGAGCUGCUCAAGUCACGUUUCGGCGAAAGCUUGCUACACAGCUGCGAGGUGAUGCUGAAGGACAUCACGGAAUCGAAACGCAUCAACGCACACAUUCUUUCGCCGGACUCGGGUGCCGGUGACCUGGCCGUGCCUAACCAGGUGUCGGCGCUAAUCGUUUCGUCCCAGUUUUGGCCAACGUUCCGGAAGGAAACGAUGGAGCUGCCCGACUCGAUCAAAGCGAUGUUCGAAAAGUACACGAAAGCGUACGAAUCGUACAAGGUGAACCGAACGCUACAGUGGACACCCUUGAACGGGAAGGUUACCAUCGAGCUGGAGCACAACGGGAAGGUGCAGGAGAUGCAGGUAACGCCUGCCCAGGCUGCCAUCAUCAUACACUUCAGUGAACAGCCGCAAUGGGAACUGGAUUGCUUAAGCCAGAAGAUGAACAUGCCACCGAUUGUCCUGCGCAAGCGGAUCGUGUUCUGGCAGUCGCAGGGCUUGAUACGCGAAACGAAGGAAAACGUGUUCGUGCUGGUAGACAAAAGUGUGGAGAGCGAAACUUCGUCCGACGCGAUACAACCGCAGCCGAACGAUGUGUGCGAGGAGGAGGAAGCCGAAAGUGCGAUGGAAUCGGCCAGCGAUCAGCGCGAGGAAGAGCUGCAAGUGUUCUGGUCGUACAUUGAAGCCAUGCUUACGAAUCUCGACUCGCUACCGCUGGACCGCAUUCAUCAGAUGCUGAAAAUGUUCGCUUCCCAGGUAGACUUUACGCAGGACGAGCUGAAGCACAUCCUGCAGCGCAAGGUCCGAGAGCACAAGCUGGUGUACGCGGGCGGUGUGUAUCAGUUGCCAAAGUCGUAGGCGCGGGAACUACCUAACGUACACGGUUUAUUGCUUGCUAUUAUUAUAAAAAUCUAUCAAUAUAGUUGGGAUCCAAGCCUUCGGAA